AUGCUGGACAUCCUGCUGUUGCUGCUGGAGAGGAAGAUUGGUGAAUGUGGCCCCUCCGAAGAGAUCUCGCCCUACCAGUCCCGAUGCUUCUUUGGCCACUCGGUUGGGACUGAUGCAGGCCCAUUCUGGUUCAUCGGCUGCAUUGAGCGACAGCCCGGCCGAGAAGAAGUGCAAGAGAAGAUGGUGGACAAUGCUUUCGAGUGGGCGAAAUCCAAAAAUUUCAUCCGAAAGAACCCCAUCCACGGCGAGCAAGAGGCAAAACUCGUGCUGUCGGAGUCGUUCGAGAUCGUGGAUGAGACGGGGGCUACCACAGAGCUCAGUGGGUCCAUCGAGGCCGAGGACGAGACUGGUGCCUUGAUGGACUCGGACAUCCCCGGCUUAUCGGCACCAGAUGAAGCCAUCCUCGCCGAGGGGACAGCAACAACCUCGGCUGAGAAUGCUGCAGCAGCAUCGGGCCAAUCCUCUUCCUUCCGGAUCGUGUUCCCAGCCGUGGCGGCUAAUGGUUCUGCCGUGACGAUACUUGGCAGCUUCGUGGAGGUGCUGGGGCGGAAGAUCGACCAGUGUGAAGAUGCAAUCGACCCCGGAGCGAUUGGAUCCCACGAACAGCCGAGCCCAGGCGAUGCCAGGCUUCGGGAGCAGCUGAAACUGAUCCUCGCUGACAUGAACAAGAACUAUACCUAUCUUACGAACAUGCAAGCACAGGCCAUCACGUCGACCACGGACGAGACAUUCGAGCAGAACCUGAAGACGACAUAUGCCGCCAUCACGAGUGCUUUAGACGAAGCUGCUGAAGCAGAUGAAGGAUCAGAUGACACCAGCGACUCCGAGUGCGACGACCUUGCAGAGGAGUUGUUCGUUGGAUUCGAGCAGGGAGUAGCACACAAUGCUUUCCGAAAGCAUGGCAUCGUUGACCCGGCUUUGGGGAAAAUUGCUAGAUGUGCCCGCAGCAAGAAGAACGAGUGCCGGAGUCUUCAUACGCUGAUUCAUGCCGAGGGCAGAACAUUCCCUGUGGAAAUCAGCGAGGUGCCGACUCCGGUGCGAGUGUUGUCUGGAAAGUCGACUGCUAUGACUGUUCCAUAUCCUGUACUUUUCCUGUCAUCCUGGUGCCGAGAAUGCUUCAAGACUGGUGGCAGCAUGCUUUUGGGAGGGCACAACCUCUCCCAGGACAAUCACCGAGACAUGUUUUCGGUUUUGCAAUGGACCCUGGAUAUGAUCAACCUGCACUGGCGAAUCCUCUUUGAGAACGGCAUAUGGCUGAAUCUGCUAGAUGCAAAGCUGGCCUCUGAGGAAGGAUACCAACAACUGGCUCUCAUGACUGCCAAGCUUCAGUGGGCAAUGUUGGACAUGGAUCACCAGAUCGAGGCUGGAGCAGAAUACAUCCUCAACCCUCUUUGCCCCUUAGCCGACAUAUCUGAGCCCUGA